AUGUCCGCCCGGGCGCCAGACGUCGAGCUCGGCGACGAGCCCCCGCAGGGGCCGCCCGCCCACGCCAGCAUGCGGCUCGCAGCGGUGGUGCUGCUGCUCCUCGCCGUGCUCGGCACGGCGGCCGCCGCGGCGCGCGCACGGCGCCCGCUCGGCGCCGUCGAGCACCGCGCGGCCGCCGCGCCGGCGGCCCCGCCCGCGGCGCUGCUCGAGGGCGACCGAGGCGAAGGAGGGCGCGGGGUGUCCCAGUCGCUCGCAGCUGGAGAUCACACCUGCGCGGUGCUCCAGUCGGGCAGCGAGGUGCGCUGCUGGGGAUUCAACAACUGGGGCCAGGCGAGCCCGCCAGAGGACUUGGGCCCAGUCCACGCCGUUGCAGCUGGAGUGUUUCACACCUGCGCGGUGCUCCGGCCGAGCCGCGAGAUGCGCUGUUGGGGACGCAAUGUUGACGGCGAGUCGAGCGUGCCAGGGGACUUGGGUCCAGUCCUUUCCGUCGCAGCCGGAGAGCUUCACACUUGCGCAGUGCUCCAGUCGGGCACCGUGCGCUGCUGGGGAAGUGGUGACAAUGGCGAGACGAGCGUACCAGAGGACUUGGGCCAAGUCCUCGCCAUCGAAGCUGGAGAGUUUCACACUUGCGCGGUGCUCCUGUCGAGCAGCGAAGUGCGCUGCUGGGGAGCCAAUGCUUAUGGCCAGGCGAGCGUGCCGAAGGACUUGGGCCCAGUCUUCGCCGUUGCAGCCGGAGAGUUUUACACUUGCGCGGUGCUCCAGUCGAGCAGUGAGGUGCGCUGUUGGGGACGCAACGAGGACGGCCAGGCGAGCGUGCCCCAGGACAUGGGCCCGGUCUUCACCGUCGCAGCUGGAGAUUCUCAUACGUGCGCGGUGCUCCACUCGAGCAGCGAGGUGCGCUGUUGGGGAGACAACCGCCACGGCGAGGCCAGCGUGCCCGAGGACUUGGGCCCAGUCGCCGCCGUCGCAGCUGGGCUUUCCCACACCUGCGCGGUGCUCCAGCCGAGCAGCGAGGUGCGCUGCUGGGGAGCCGACCACGCGGCGAGCGUGCCAGAGGAUCUGGGUCCGGUGCCCGCCUGCUCUCUCGGGCCAUGGCUCUCUGCAUGA